UAUCCCACAACACCAAAUCCUAAUCAAAAUCUCUCUCUCUCUCUCUCUCUUAAUGGGUAUAUGUACUUCUUCUCACAUUGAAAGGGGAGGUGGAGGAAUGAAUUGGCCAUCCACAGCCAAGGUGAUUCAAAAGGAUGGGAGGCUCCAAGAAUUCAGGCAGCCCAUUAAAGCUGGACACAUCCUCUUCCACAAUCCAAAUUGCUUCCUUUGCAGCUUGGAGACCAUGUACGUCAGCUCACGUGCGCCUCACGUGCCCGACGAUGAGGAACUCCAGCUUGGCCAAAUCUAUUUCCUCAUGCCAACAUCAAAAUCCCACACACCACUUUCAUUGCAAGACUUGUGCACACUAGCCAUCAAGGCUAGCACUGCACUUGGUGGCUCAAACAUGGGAAGUACAACCUCAAAGGCAUCACCGUGCACCGAUAUGAACGGUGUUCAACCUCUGUCUGGACCGCAAGGGUAUUAUAGAAUUCCAACGGACUUUGAAGGCAUUGGAAUGAAUUCUCCGGUAGCGCGUGGCAACCGGAGAAUUGAGUUCUAUGACUAGCAGAGUUGAAAAGGACAACCAUUAACAGUGGGGUGACCUAAGGCAACAUUACUUUUUAGUUCUUUUUUUGUGUACUUUGAACGCACAUUGGAGAGUUCUUAAGGCAAUAAGAAAUUAUCCUUUGAACUUUUUGUACAAUUGAAUGCAGAUUU